CCCCUCUCUCUCCUCUUUCCUUAUUCCCCACAGGUCUCUAAUCCCCAGCAUACAAGAAGUGACCACGCAGCAGGAUGCAGCUGUGCAAAGGCCGGAUGCUGGGCAUCUCGGUGGCCAUCGCCCACGGGGUCUUCUCGGGCUCCCUCAAUAUCCUGCUCAAGUUCCUCAUCAGCCGCUACCAGUUCGCCUUCCUGACUCUGGUGCAGUGCCUGACUAGUUCCACUGCUGCCAUCAGCCUGGAGCUGCUGCGGCGCCUGGGACUCGUCUCUGUGCCCCCUUUCAGCCUGAGCCUGGCGCGCCCCUUCGCCGGGGUCACUGUGCUAUCCACGCUGCAGUCCAGCCUUACCCUCUGGUCCCUUCGGGGGCUCAGUCUGCCUAUGUAUGUGGUCUUCAAGCGUUGUCUGCCCCUGGUCACUAUGCUUAUCGGCGUCCUGGUGCUCAAGAACGGGGCGCCCUCCGCCGGGGUCCUAGUGGCCGUACUCAUCACCACCUGCGGGGCAGCCCUAGCAGGAGCUGGUGAUCUAACUGGGGACCCCAUUGGGUAUGUGACAGGUGUACUGGCAGUAUUAGUUCAUGCUGCUUAUCUUGUGCUUAUUCAGAAGACCAGUGCAGACUCUGAGCAUGGAGCCCUCACAGCCCAGUAUGCCAUCGCCAUCUCUGCCACGCCUCUACUUAUCAUUUGCUCCUUCGCCAGCAUGGAUUCUAUCAAUGCUUGGACCUUCCCAGGAUGGAAAGAUCCAACCAUGGUCUGCAUCUUUGUGGCUUGCAUUUUGAUUGGCUGCGCCAUGAACUUUACUACACUCCACUGUACCUACAUUAACUCUGCCGUGACCACUAGUUUUGUUGGAGUGGUGAAAAGCAUAGCCACCAUCACAGUGGGCAUGGUGGCCUUCAAUGAUGUGGAGCCUACUUCUCUGUUCAUAGCAGGUGUGGUGGUGAACACCUUUGGUUCUCUAAUUUAUUGUGUGGCCAAGUUCAUUGAGACCAGAAAGCAAAGCAGUUAUGAGGACCUGGAGAAAGACCAUAGGGAAGAUGUGCGGGAGACAAAUGGCGCUCAACCACCAUUUGUUAUGGAGGCCCUGUCCUUGGAGAAAGGAAAUGGUGAAAUGGAAGGAGAAGAGACAGCCAGUGGCAUCAGUCAGCCCUACACGGAAAAGCCUAAAUGUGGUCUCGUGGAAACAGCACUGGUCUCCAGCCGCAGCCAGGAGGCUGAAGGAGUUAAUAAGAACUCAUUAAAAGAUGCUUACCUUGGAGUGUGGAGAUUGGUUAGGGGGACUAAAUAUGUGAAGAAAGAUUAUUUGUUAGAAAAUGAGGAACUAUCCAGCCCCUGAAAAAGAAAUGUAUGUAUAUUAAAAUAAUAAUGAUUAUAUAUGUAUACAAUGUACAUAUAAACAUACAAACAUUUUAUAUAUAUGUAUAUGUUUUAAAAAGGAAGACAAUAUAUUUUAUUCCUAGUGGGGUAGGGAGCAUACAGAAGAGGUUGGAAGGGAUUGAUACAAUACAAGAAAACUAACCCCUAUCUAUAUUAUCUUCACUGAGAUUCAAGGGUAUGAAACUGAUUAACAAAAUAAGGCAGUUGCAUUGGUUUUAGGUUCUUGACUAUUAAUAUUUUUUAUUCUCAGCUCCCCCCUCCCCCAGGCAUCUAUAUUUUCUUCUAUGUGCAGUCCAGAAAUGAGGCACUUAAUGGGAGAGUCAGGGCUAACAAUUCUGUUAAAGUGGGAACUACAAUCUUGCUAACCUGUUAGAAAUGGGGGAAAUGAUAAAAAUAAAAUAAAAUAAAAUAAAAAUGGCACUUGCUGCAUGAAGGCCAUGAUUUGAUAGACUAUUUCUGGAUAUUUAUAGAUAUCAUGAAAUCUCAUGUUUGCUUUUUUGCCUAAUUUUUUCUUCCCUCCUCUUCAAAUAAAUGAUUGUAUUGGAUUUUUGUAGAGGAAGCAAGACACUUUUUGAAAAUACUGAUCCUAGACUUUUAAAUGUGGAGUUUACAAUUCACAGUUAGUAAAUAUAAAAUUAUUUUUAUUGACAGAAACCUAUUUAUGACCUUUGCCUUGUAAUGCUGGACCACUAAACACCAAAUCCAUUUUAUAUCGUUUUCAUCGUGUUGGAUAUUCUGUGGAGUGAACACAUUGGCUGGAAUUCAAUUCAAUGGUGACUGAAUCUCAGCCAGGCAAAAUAAAAACCAUCCUGGAGUAUAGUCCUUUUACUCAUUUAAAACCAAGCUCUGCAGCAUCUUCAGUUGUGUUUAUAUUAGAAUGCCGUUUUUCUAAUAUCAAAUUUGAAAAAAAAAAUCUGAAAACACAAGUACUGGUUUGUUGCUUUAACUAUUACAAUAUUAGAAACUCAAAUUUUCACAGUGUUUGCUGUUCAAUGCUGCUAUAAUCAUUUUGUAUUUUUUGCUUUUAAUAUAUGUGUAUGGGCUGUCUAGUAUGUAGGAGUCAUGUUUGAUAAUUCUCAAAAGGAAAAUGGGAAUUUGAUCAAAGCAGCCUGAUUUUCCAGUGAGGGAGAAUGUUGUAAACUAACAUAAAACUGUGCCUCCUCUUGAGGCAUAUCAUACUGUUAAUAGAAUUCGAUGAACAUGGAAAUGGGAUAAUAAACAGGGUCAUGCUUUGCAGAAA